AUCGUCUGCUGGACCUCUUCAACUGUCCAGUUCAACCGAUACAUUUUCUGUAAUUCUCAAUAACAAGAAUGAAACAAUAUUUUCGCCCACGCUUUCUAAAUAUAGACGACGUCCCUUUACAGAUGGACUAGCGAUGUAUUCUUUUAUCAGAGACAACACGGCAUCUCAACAGAUGGCUCUAAAGUCACCUUACCAAGCUCCACAUCCUCUCGGACAUCUUUUGACUCGCCCGCCUUUUGCGAUGUUGCCUUUCUAUGGGAAUGCCGCUUCUCUCUACCGUUUCGGCACCGGGCUAUCUACCACAUCUCAAGACGUGUGCCGCCCUUCGGCAUCCACCGUUUCUGACGUCACUUGGCCUCCUAUGCUGACGGGUCACACGCCUUGGAGUGAGCAGCUGGCUAACAUUGCAGCUAGAAACCAAGCGGAAACAUCAUUGGCACAAGGCAGGAAGAAGGCCUGGAGGCCCACUUUUUCCGGUCAUCAGAUUUACGUUCUGGAAAAGACAUUCGAGCAAACUAAAUAUCUAGCAGGACCAGAAAGGGCUAAAUUAGCAUACGCCCUUGGAAUGUCCGAAAGUCAAGUUAAG